CUCGCGGUCAAGUCAGCGACUUCAGUCCGCGCUGUUUUGCCUUUAUUGGUGUUGAAGAGACUCGUGCAAUCGUAUUUUCAUGUUACCCUAUUACGAUUUUUUUUAAUAUUUUUGCGUAAUAUGUGAUUGUUCUUUCUUAGUUAGUGCUUAUAAUUUCUAUUUAAAAUGAAUUUAAAUUCCGGAUUAUUCAGUUCUGUGCCACUGGUUCUUUUGGGAGUGUGUGCGUUGGCAUACGGUCAACUUCAAGAUACUGAAUUUAGUCCGAUUGUAUCAGCAACGUGUAAAGCAGAUCACACGAUGCACAUCAAAGUAAACUUCAACAGUUCCUUUUAUGGCACUAUCCAUGCUCGAGACUACAGAAACCCCUCUUGUAUGUCUGUAGGAAAUGGUGGAAAAAUGGUUACAUUAAAUAUAAGCCUACUUGCACCCGUUGGAUCUUCAGACUACUGUGGCCUAUUGGUAAAUAAUAAAACUCAAGAAAAGUCAGUUCCUAUAGCAGUACGAAUCCAUCGAACCCUAGAAUUAGCUGAUGACAAGUUCUAUGUAAUCACUUGCGGCAAAGCGGUAUUUAAAAAUCAAUCAUCUCCUGCCAACCUUCAGUUAUAUGAUGGAAGUAAACGUCUUACCAGGGCUAUCUACAGCAAUCCUUAUACUUUGAGAAUUGAAGUUAUGAAGCCAGACAACUCCUAUGGAUUUAGGGUAAAAAACUGCUUCGCCUUUAAUCGAAGUAACACUAGUGUUAUUUUAAUAGAUGACAGAGGCUGCCCAGCUAAAGGUAAAGCCCUUGGCCCUUUUACCUAUGAUGAAGCCAAGGGAACUGCUGAAGCUCAAAUCAGAUCAAUGUUUAAAUUUCCUGAAAGUUCAGAAGUCAAUUUUCAGUGUGAUGUAGCACUAUGCAAAGGAGCAUGUUUACAACCAUCUUGUAACGAAGAUAUUUCUAAUUCAUUAACCCAAAGUAAUGACGAAGGAAUUCUUAUAGCAGCCAAUACAAUUUUCGUACUUGACCCGAGCGAAGCGCCUUUAGCUCAAGAACUCUGCGAAGAAACCGGCGGAGUGCAUCCUAGCUGGCUGCUCUGGUUAUGUGUAGCAUUUGGAGUUCUCUUCCUAAUUAUGUUGAUUAUCAACAUAUUUUUAUGUUCUGCAAUGACUUGCGCGUGUGCACGAACUGAAAUGAUCGAAAAAGAACCGAGCAUUAUUGAAGAUUACGAUCCCUAUAGAAGUUGGCAUGGAAGUCAAUAUGGCUCCAGGUAUUCUUUAAAUGGUGCCCCUCAGCAUCCUAAAGCAGGAUAUACCUCUGGAGGGUCGACUUUAAACUCGGCGCGGUCUAUUUCAUCUCACAGCGACCACUAUGCGAUCGUCCAUUCGAGGCCUGGAAGUAGGGGAUAUACAAACAAAAACAGUAGAGGGCCUCCUUCCCAUAUUGGCAGUCAUUAUAGCGUAAAAUAACUUAACAUUAAAAUGCUUAUUGUAAAAAUUAUUAUUAGUGCAUUGACAAUAAUAUUAACUAUACAUUUUCUUGUUGUUCGCAGUGAUUUAACAUUUAUUGAAUUUAAAUGAAGACAACGUUAUUAUAAUCCAUAUAUAAAUGUAAAUAAUAUGAUCCUAAUUAAGAUAUGGGCUGGAUGAAUAAAAUUCGAAAUAGUGACGAAAUAA